AUGGCCCACUAUAAACAUUUCCUUACUGUGCUUUUCGCGUUCCUCUUUUUCUUUACUUAUUUUAUUACAUCAGAACCUUCCAUACACAAACUUUAUGAAGAUGAAGAAGUCAUUCAGCAUUUUUCUGCACAACACGAUCCAUCAUUUAUAAAAAAUGAAGUUCCCAAAAUUGCAAAUCUUUUUCAUAAAAUAAUUGACUCUAUUCAUGGAAACAAAUUAUCAGACAAGGCACAAGAAGCAGAUUCUCGAACUAGUUUUGAUAUUUCGGUUUUUCCAUCGUGUCGUAAAUAUAAAAUUAUUGUCGAAAGACUAAAGGAACGUGAUUGGGGUCAAACUUAUAAACUUACGAUCGAUCCGUUUGCAAAAGAGGAGGAUGUACGGGAAUAUGAAAUCGUGGCGCAGAGUUUCGCAAAAAUUUUCGAGAAUGUGUUUAGUGGUAUUAAGGGCGACGACAAUUAUAAUUUCAAACAUCGACGCAUGGAAUACGAGUUUCAAGUAAUCCCCACAAACGAUAAGUAUAAGCUUGUCGUGAAAAGAGUAAGGGACAUCAAAUAUGGACGAGUAUUUCGAAUUAAACUUGUAUCAAUGGAUGUGUACGUCAAAACCAUCAUGUAUUUUGUUGUCCCCGAAGAUAAAUAUUAG